UCUGCAUAGGCGGCUCUGAUUUCUAUGAAAAUUGAGAAAUUUUCUGGUCGUCUUCAAAGUUUUCAGUGGCUUGCGUAUUUUUUGUGGUUUACCCCUUGAGACAAGCAAAUAUGGUUGAUGUGUUCGCGUGGAUUUGGGAUCAUCCAUAAUGAUGAUCCUUGCUCUCAUUUUCUUCUUCUUCUGCAUUUUCUCUAAUUCUCUCCCUUUCUUCACCACUCUCUCCUCGGCAGCUGACACCCUAUCUCCAAACCAGAAGCUCACAGACGGCGGCGCCACCCUCGUCUCCGCCGGCGAAGCCUUCGAGCUAGGCUUCUUCAGCCCACCGAACUCCAACAACCGGUACGUCGCAGUAUGGUUCAAGAACGUCCAGGAGAUAACACCCAUCUGGGUGGCCAACAAGAACAGCCCGGUGGCCGAUUCCUCCGGCGCCCUCACAAUCACCGCCGCCGGCGACAUAGUCAUCUCCUCCAACCAAUCCAACACCGUCUGGUCUUCCAACUCAACUUUGCCGGAGGCCAAGAGUCCCGUUCUCCAGCUGCUAGACACCGGCAAUCUAGUCGUGAAAACCGACAAUUUGAACAUCUAUCUAUGGCAAAGCUUUGAUCAUCCGUGUGACACGCUGGUGCCUGGAAUGAAGCUUGGAUGGAAUUUACAGACCCGUCAAGAAUGGUACUUGACGUCGUGGAAAAGCCUGCAAGAUCCAUCUUCAGGUGAUUAUACGUAUAAAUUAGACUCUCGCGGCCUUCCACAGAUAGUUCUACGGCGACGUACCGAGGUGAUCUACCGUAGCGGGCCGUGGGACGGCGUUCGAUUCGGCGACGGUCCGCCAAUGAAAGCAAACUCGGUGUUCAAUCCUACAUUCGUAUUCAACUCAACCCACGUUUACUAUUCGUUUACCAACGUAGAUGAUAGCGUUAUUUCGAGAUUUGUAGUGAGCCAGCAAGAUGGGUCGCUUCAGCAUCAGACAUGGAAUCAGGGUCUCCGCCAAUGGUUCGGCAUUGUCAUCCUUCAAGGCGAUACCUGCGACAAGUACGGCUAUUGUGGACCGGACGGCCUCUGCGACAAGAACUCGCGGCUUGCUUGCCGCUGCCCGGAUGGCUUCACGCCCAAAUUGCCGGCGGACUGGAACAGGAUGGAGUGGCAGGGAGGGUGCGUGCGUAGGACGCCGUUGAACUGCACAAUUCAUCAGGGUUUCAGGAAGUUUUCAAGGCUGAAGUUGCCGGACCUUUCCAAAUUUCUGGUGAAUAGGAGCAAGACGAGCAAGGUGGAUUGCGAGGCAGCGUGUCUGAGAAAUUGCGAGUGCAUGGCUUAUGCAAAGACUGAUGUUAGCGGCUGCGUGGUUUGGUUUGGACAGUUGCUUGACGUCAGAACGUACAGUGAAGGUGGGCAGGACCUCUACGUUCGGAUGGCUGCUUCUGACCUUGGCUCCAGCAGUAACAAGAAGCGGACGGCGGUGAUUGCAUCAGUGACGGCCGGAACAGGGGUUCUUGUCCUGUGUUUGAUUGGAUGGUUCCUGAUCAAGAAGCGGUCUGCUCAAAGAAGUGGUCGGACACCAGCUAACCAAAGCCAGCAACUCUUCGUUAACAGCCAAAGCGUUGUGGAGGAGGACCUCGAUUUACCUUUCUUUGAUUUGCUCACUAUUUCUACAUCCACCGGCAACUUCUCCUUCGACAAUAAGAUUGGAGAGGGUGGCUUUGGACCUGUUUACCGUGGUCGGCUCCCAACUGGACAAGAAAUUGCAGUGAAGAAACUAUCCAAGACUUCGGGGCAAGGCCUCAUAGAAUUCAAGAAUGAGGUCGUCUUGAUUUCUAAAUUGCAGCAUCGGAAUCUGGUUAGGCUUUUGGGAUGUUGCAUUCAUGAAGAGGAAAGGAUGUUGAUCUAUGAAUACAUGCCCAACAGAAGCUUGGACUUAUUCAUCUUCAAUCAAACAAAAGGUACAUCGCUUGACUGGUCAAAGCGCUUUGAUAUUAUCGUGGGAAUUGCUCGAGGGCUUCUUUAUCUUCACCGAGAUUCAAGAUUGAGAAUAAUUCAUAGGGAUUUGAAAGUUAGUAAUAUUCUGUUAGAUGGCGAAAUGAAUCCUAAGAUAUCUGACUUUGGCCUGGCAAGACAGUUUAGAGGUGAUCAAUCCGAAGAAAAUACAAAUAGGAUUCUUGGGACUUACGGUUAUAUGUCUCCUGAAUAUGCAAUUGAUGGGCUAUUUUCAGUAAAAUCUGAUGUUUUUAGUUUUGGCGUACUAGUCUUGGAGAUAGUGAGUAGUAAGAGGAACAGAGGAUUCAAUCAUCCUGAUCAUGAACUCAACCUUCUGGGACAUGCAUGGAAAUUAUGGAAUGAAGGGAAUCCUAUGACCCUAGUAGAUGCUUUAAUGGAGAGACCUCUUCCCACUUUUGAAGUGUUGAGGUGCAUUCAAAUGGCUCUUUUGUGUGUACAACAACGUCCUGAAGACAGACCGACAAUAGCGAAUGUUAUAUUAAUGUUGGACAAUGAGAACUCAAACUUGCCACCUCCUAAACAACCUGGAUUUUACUCAGAAAGGCAUCCUAUUGAGAAUGAGACCUCUUCCUCAGAUUUUUCUCUUAGAAAACAUCUUUUUACUUCAAAUGAAGUAACUAUAUCGACAUUACAUGGUAGAUAGAAUUAUCAGCCUCAUCUUGGUACUAAGUUUAUUGGCAGAACUUUAUAAUAAGUCCUCUAUAAUCUCAAAUUUUAACUUCCUUGUAAAUUGAAGAUGGAUGGUGGCAAAAUAGUCCCAUUUUUGUAUAUUUAAUUUAGUUGGCUAUUCA